GGGGAAUUGGCUGGUGGUUAGUUCUAUGGCCUAAUUAGCCUGUGGUGAUUUUGGGUUGGAUAAAACGUAGGAACGCAAGUAAAAAAAAAAUGGCGCCAUUCUCCGGUUUUCUGGAAGAUAGAUAAGGCAAGGCGAGGCUCGGCGGAAAAUUCACUUCGAGGGGUGCCGGCAGAGCGGAGUACUAACUCCACGGGGCUCCCUUGAGCGCUUCCGCAGGUGACAAAACGAGUAGAAGCAUGCUUUUAUGUAAGCCAAGUGCAGCCAUUCAAGAAAAUGUAAAAAUAUAGCUUGAUUUGACUUUGUAGGAUUAACAGCUAUUGUUGCAGCAUUAAGAAAGUACACAACCCAGUUGGACUACAAUUUAUCAGUUACCUUUGAAGAGCACCUACAGUCAGUAUGGACAGCAAAAUUCUGCAAGACAUAGAAAAAGCCCUCAACAAGGCUAAAAACAACCUUGAGCAUUUAAAGGUUUUAGAGGAGCUACUUCAACAGUUCAUUGCCGAAACAAAACAGGAAGAAAGCAAGAUUGCAGAUGUUAUCACAGCCAAGUUUACAGAUUGUAUGGCUUCUCUGAACUCAAGGAAAAGGAAGAUUGAGGCAGAGUUGGUAAUGAACACCAGUUACUAUGUAACUGAUAUACAUAGCAUUCAGGUUGCUGUUAUACAAAAAAGAAGCAAUUUGAUUGAUGCAAUAAAGAAAGCGAAGGAGCUGAAAACAACUCAUUCAUUAGAAUCCUACCACAGCUUAAAUCAGGCUCUUUGCAACUUAAAUGUAUCAGUUGAAGAAGAAGUCUUAAAACUAGAUAAUCUGAAAAAAAGAACACUUCCAAGGUUUUACAUGGACUAUGAUGAGAUAAACCAUCUAUUUGAAAACAUAGGUAAAUUUUCCUAUGAUGCAUCAAAUGUGUACAACUUUGAAGAGAACUCUCUAAAAAAGAAUAAUGAACUUGGUACUUCACAUCAAGUAAAUGUGAAUCUUGUUAAAGAAGUUGAUGUAAUUCCUCCUUCCAAAGAAUCUGAUAUAUGUUUUGGAGGUGCCCACUUGCAAGCAAUGAGUCUAUUAUCCAUUCAGAAACACACUCCUGCAUUAUCUCAUGCCACAUCUACACCAGAUGUUAUAAUUGAAGAAAUAAUUGAAGAUGAUCAAGAAACAUUUUCUGCAGAAUAUCGCAAAUCUACAUAUCAGAAGAGUUUUUUUCAAACACAGCAGGUCCCAUUUGAGUUAAAGGCUGAUGUUCCUGAAUAUGUUAUUGUCAGUUGUGUAAUAAAUCCAUGUCAUUUCUAUGUUCGGAAAGUUUCCCAAAAGAAAACUGCGAUCUAUUUGGAAAAAGUUUUGAAACACUAUUGUAGGAAUAACUCUUUGUCUCCUAUUGACAUUUUGGAACUAGGCACAAGGAUUUUGGUUAAAAGCAAAGAACAUGGAAUGUGGUGCCGUGCAGAAAUAAUUGAACUAAUUCCGCUCCUGAAUAAAAAUAAGGAGAAACCCUGUGGUCUGACAAAACUCAGAAUUUGUGAUAUUGCAAUAAUGAAAGUAUUCCUUAUAGACUUUGGGCAUCCAGAAGCUUUAAUUAUUUCAAGAGUACCUAAUGAAGUUACUGUGAAUCCAGAACAUGUUACUCUUAAAUACAUGAUGAUUGAAGAUCUGUGUUUGGUUGUAAGAAAAAUGGAUUUAUCUUUAGAGAAUCGGCUCAGAGGUAUAAGUAAGCUAGCCCUACAAUGUUCACUAAAGGGCAUUGUUCCUAAGGAUUCAGAAAAGGGUUGGGGUAGAAGAGCACGGACAGAAUUUUUGAGAAUGGUAAAUAGCAAAGCUGUUCUGAUGAAAAUUUUUAGAGAAGAGAAUGGCGUGCUUAUUGUAGAUCUUAUGAAGCCUCCAGCAAACAAAAUAAGCAGUGACAUGCCUGUAUCCCUCAGAGAUGCUCUAGUUUUCUUGGAUUUGGCAAGUUUUCAGAAUGAAUUUUCUGAUUGGUCAAAAAAUACUGUACCACUGGAGUACUAUCCACCUGUUCUGCCACGUGAAAAUACAGAGGUUGCUGCUGUUGUUAGUUACAUUAAUAGCCCUGGCGACUUCUACAUUCAGCUGUUAGAACAGGGUCCCGAAUUUGCAGCUUUUCUAAAGAAAGUUGAAGAAGUGUAUGAAAGUGAAGCAGGACCCGACUUGCAAAUACUUUGUCCAACCCAUGGACAACCAUGUGUGGCCAAAUUUGAAGAUGAUGGCGUUUGGUACAGAGCACAGGUGAUUGGAUUGCCAGGUCAUCAAGAAGUUGAAGUUAAAUAUGUUGACUAUGGUAAUACUGCUAAAAUAAAUAUAAAAGAAAUGCGUAAAAUAAAAGAUGAGUUUUUAGUUCUCCCAGAAAAGGCUAUCAGGUGCAAAUUGGCUUAUAUUAAACCAUGUAAAGAAGCCACUGAAUGGACUGUCCAAUCAAAGGACAGAUUUGAACAACUGAUUCAGGACAAAUGUAUGCUCUGCUUUGUUACUGAAAAAUCAGAAGAUAAUGUGCUAUCUGUUGAGCUCUAUCAAAGUGUACGUGUGUCCCCAAAGCAGUCAGGCAGUGUGAACAAUCUUUUGGUUAAAGAGGGCUUAGCAUCUUACAUAAUAGGUAAUAACAAAAUGAUUGUUACACCAUAUAAUGAAAAAUGGGAUCCUGAUAUGGAGGAUAUAUUCAAAACAGAGAAAUUUUCAUUAAAACUCGAGAUUGAAGACUUGCCACAGAUGGAAGAUUUGGUUUUGGAAAGUAAUAAAGAAUUGCAAGUGCAAAUUAAUCACAUUGUAUCUCCUAGCAAGAUAUUUGUGCAUUUUAUGUUAUCAGAAAAAAUUCUAAAAAGGUUACAGGAAAAGAUGAUUGCUACUUACUCUGAAACAGAGAAUAAAGCAAUUAAGUGGGAAGUUGAUAUGAAUUGUGCUGCUUAUAUAUGUGAACAAAAUCAAUGGCAAAGAGGCCAGAUCAUCAGGAUUGUUUCUGAAAAAGUUGUAGAGGUAUUCCUUAUUGAUUUAGGCAUAAUCAAAACAUUGGAUAUUACCUGUCUAAGAGAACUUGAACAGAAUCUGAAGACUAUCAGACCACUUGCAGUAGAGUGCUCAUUAACAAAUAUAAGACCAUCCGGUGGGACCGAACAGUGGACGGCAACUGCUUGUGAUGUUCUUAAGUCUUAUUUAACUGGAGCUGUUGUAAACUUAAUAAUACAGGAUACCAACUUGUCACCUUUGCCUGUAACAAUAUUUUGCAAACAUGAACAACACUGUACUGAUGUCUCAGAAUACAUGAUUCAAGAAGGCUUAGCACUUAGAAAAAGAACACCUAAAAUUGAUCCAAAUCAAUCUUCCUCUGACGAACUACAAAAGAAUGUGGACAUAAACAAGCUGGUUUCAGAAAAAGAAAGUCCUUCUAAACUAGAAAAGCAUUUGGGCCCUUCAGAUACUGAUAGUAAGCAACAAGAACUGAAUAUGUCAGUGGCUAAGCCUCUAGUGGUUGAGGCCUAUAAACCACCAGCUCUUCCUACCGUGGAUUGCUUCAGUGCUGUGGUUAGCUGCGUUUCAGAUAAUGGGACAAUUUAUGCGAUUCCCACGUCACAAGAGCAAAAGUUAAAAGAGUUAAUGUGUAAUAUACAAGAUAAUGUCAAAGGUUUAGGCCUUCUGAAAUCCUAUAACUGGAAAAGUGGAGAAGCUUGUGUUGUAAGAGCAGCAGAUACAAUGUGGUACCGAGGUGAAAUUAAAGAAGUUGGUGCUGGCAUUGUAAGGGUACAUUAUGUGGACUACGGAUAUACUGAGAAAAUUCCUCCAUGCCAUCUGUACCCCACUAUUUUGUAUGCUGAGAUACCUCCAUUUUCUAUACCAUGUCAUCUGUAUAAAACUGUACCAGUUGGCAACAUUUGGCAGCACGACGCAGUUGAAUUGCUUAAAGAACUACUUACGAGAAGAUCUGUUAAAAUACGCAUAAUGGAGCAGUCAAAUCCUCCUUGGGGAAAAGUGUCCGUCAAACUCUGGUUUUCGGGGAUGUCACUAUCUUAUUUCAUGGCAUUCCAUAAACAUUGUAUUACCGAAGACGAUGGUGAUUCUAUGCCAACAUGGGAUUCAAGGUCGGAAUGCAGUAAUGAAACCUUGGAGGAAAAUUGUGAAAUCAGUUAUGAGGGAUUAUUGAAGAGUGAACUAAAGACUCCUCUUUUGCCACCGUAUAUUUCUCCAUCAUUGCCUAUCCUUGGAGAACACUUUCCAGUGAAAGUAACGCACAUUGUGUCACCGAAUGAGGUGUAUCUUUCCAUUGUUCACUCAAACAGUACCAGCCAACAGAGAGAUAUGGAGGACAGCUUGGAUUCUGACACUCUAGACAAAGCCUUGGCUCAGUAUAAUCAGAACAUAGAGAGUCUUCCACAUCUAACUGAUGUUCGAAAAGACAUGCCCUGCCUCGCAGAAUAUAGUGAUGGUCUGUUGUAUCGAGCAAAACUCAUUUCUAUUCUUGAGUUCAAUCCUGUUUCAGUUCUUGUGGAAUUUGUUGACUAUGGGUCGACUAAAACAUUGCCUAUAAGCAGGUUGCGUCAGAUUCCGUGUAAGUUCAUGCAAUAUCCCACUCAAGCAUUCAGAGUGUUACUGGCUGGAUUUAAACCUGCUUUACAUGAUUCCACAACAGAGAGAAUUCCUUAUUGUCCAGAAUGGAGCCUGGAUGCAUUGUGGGCUGCAAUGAACUGCUUUGAAAGCAAAAAUCUCAGUGCCUCUUCAGUGACACAUUCACCAGAGCAUAUUGUAUUUUUGUAUGAAGAAGGACGUCUAUUUCAUAUGAAGCUUGUGGAAAUGGGAUUUGCAGAACUGACACAAUGAUAGAUGUGGACUACCUUGAUUUAAAAAAAAUUGAACUGAUUUUGUAUUAAAAUUGUUUUAAGAGUUAUAGUUUUUUGUAAAUUCUGGGAAUUCUACACAGAAGUGUGAGUUUUUUGUUACAUUGUUCAAGUACUAAUACUUGUUUAAAUAAAUAGUUGGAUUUGCAUCAAAA